ACCGUUACUUUCUUUUUGUCGCCAUUGGGAUUCUUUCAGCACCUCAGCUCCAGUGUGGGCCCGACCUGAGGCGCUGUGCAGACUGCCCAGCUCUCUGGAAGCUCGCCCUGAGCUGGGGAGCCCCAAACCCAGGGACCCACAGGGCCCCUCCCCCACGGUGUUCCUUUCCCAUGCCCCCUGAUCCCACCCCGUGGUGUCCCGGCAGGCUACUUCCUUUCCUCUUUGGGAGCCGCCCAGGUCGCGGCCUCUGAAGGAGGGCUGCAAAGGUGGCCCAGAAGCAGAGGCUCCAGGACGCUGAGGGGCAGAAGCCAGAGCCUUGGGGAGAAGUUGCAGCUCUCCUCCUGUCCUGUGCACAAGCAGACUGGGCCCCUGCAUCUGACCCUGGAAGAACCGCUGGAGAUGUCUUCCAAUGAUGACCCUGUUGCAAUCCCGAUGAUAGAAAGAAAUCCCAGUGACCUUCCUGGAAUGGACACCGGUGACCCGGACACAUUGACUGGAGAAGCUGUGUUGAGUUUUCAUAACAUCAGCUAUCGAGAAACUGUGCAGAGUGGCUUUCCAUUUCGAAAAAAAACAUAUGAGAUAGGAAGACUAUAUAAUAUCAAUGGGAUCAUGAGACCUGGCCUCAAUGCCAUCAUGGGACCUGAAGAUGGGAGCAGAUCUUGGUUAUUGGAUGUCUUAGCUGCAAGGAAAGAUCCACGUGGAUUAUCAGGAGAUAUUUUGAUAAAUGGGAAACCUCGACCUGCUAAUUUCAAAUGUAUUUCUGGUUAUGUACCACAAAAAGAUGUGGUGAUGUACACGGUGACUGUGAGAGAAAAUAUAGAGUUCUCAGCAGCUCUUCGACUCCCAAUGACUGUAAUGAGAGAUGAACGAAAAAGGCGAAUUGAUGAGGUCCUUGAACUUCUGCAUCUGGAUAAAGUGGCAAAUGUCAAGCCUAGAUCUAAGGAGCUCAGGAAAAGGACCAGUAUAGCAAUGGAGCUGGUCGCCGAGCAUCCCAUUCUGUUCUUGGAUGAUCCCACCACUGGCUUAGACUUGAGCACUAUGACAGAUAUCAUCUCGGUCCUGAGAAGGAUGUCUAUGAGGGGACGGACAAUCAUCUUCUCCAUUAAUCAGGCCCAGUACUCCAUCUUCAGAUUUUUUGAUAGCCUUACCUUAGUGGCCUCAGGAAAAGUCAUGUAUCAUGGGCCUGCACAAGAAGCAUUGGAGUACUUCACAUCGGCAGGUUACGAAUAUGAUUCCCACAACAACCCUGCAGACUUCUUCCUGGACAUCAUUAAUGGAGGUUUCUCGGCUCUAUUAGACACAGAGGAAGAAGGCCAUGAUGCUGACAAAUAUACAGAACUUUCUGAGAGACAGCACCAAGUCACAGAAAAAUUAGCCAAUAUGUAUGCCCAGUCCUCCUUAUACAGAGAAACGAGAACUGAACUGGAUCCACUCUUGGGGGAACAGAGGACAGGGAGGAGCUCAGCCGUGGAGGAGAUCACGUGUGUCACCCCUUUCUGGCAUCAACUCAGAUGGAAUAUCUUUCAUUUAUUAAAAAAUUACUGUGGUUUUCCAGAUGUCACUAGGAAUCAGGCAAUUAUCACAAUUAUUCUGGCCGUGCUUGUGGGCAUCGCUUUCUGUUUCCUAAGGAAUGAUUGUACUGAAGUCCAGACCAGAGCUGGCCUGCUCUUCGUGGUCACCAUCUUCCAGACCAUCACGAGUGUGUCUGCUGGGGAGCUCUUUGUGAUUGAUGAGGAUCGCUUUCUACAUGAGCAUACCAGUGGAUACUACAGAGUGUCACCAUAUUUCCUUGGCAAGUUGCUGGCUGAGCUGGUACCCAGGAGGUUAUUGCCAAGUAUUUUAUUUACUGUUAUAGUAUUCAGCAUAGCAGGAGUAAACACAGAUGUGAAGAGCAUCUUAGCUAUGUCAUUUACCAUCAUGAUGUUGGCUUAUUCUGCCAGUUCCCUGCCACUGUGUUUCAAAGCAGGAGAGAAUGCAGUGGCUGUGCCAACACUGGUAGUGACCAUCUACUUUGUGCUCAUGCUGUUUUUCUCAGUUCUGUCACUAUAUUCAGGAAGCUUAGCACCUGGGCUCUCAUGGAUUCAGUACUUCAACAUUCCUCAUUAUGGAUUUAUAGCUUUGCAGCACAGUGAAUUCCUGGGACAAAACUUCUGUACAGAACAUAACACAGCAGAAGUCAGUAGAUGUCAGAACUAUGUGAUAUGUACUGGUGAAGAAUUUUUGAUGAUCCAGGGCAUCGAUCGCUCGUCAUGGGGCUUCUGGAAGAAUCAUGUGGCCUUAGCUUGUAUAAUGAUUAUCUUCUUAUCAAUUACCUAUGUGCAGUUAUUAGCUCUUAAGAAAAAGAGACAUUUUUAAAUCAC